AUUGCUUUUUACACGUGCGGGCCGACCGUUUACGCUCCGGCGCAUCUGGGACACGCCCGGACCUAUGUAUGUCUCGAUAUUGUCCGGCGAGUCUUGGAACAUCAGUAUGCACAGCACAGAGGUGGGAGCAGCAACAGUACGAUGCCGUCAUCACCGGUACCUCCACCGCCAUUGUUCGUAAUGAACGUGACGGAUGUCGAUGACAAGAUACUGGCGACGGCGGCAGCCCGGGACGAGACCGACUCACUGUCGUCACCCCUCGCACUGGCGCGCCAUUACGAAGCCGCAUUCUGGUCCGAUUUGGAUAGAUUGAACGUUUUACGACCACACGUGGUCACGCGCGUCACCGAACACGUGGAAACAGCUAUUCUGCCCUACAUUCAAAGACUCGUCGACAACGGAACGGCUUAUUGCGCGACUUCCGGUGAUGUCUACUUUGACGUCCGAGCCUUUGAAGAUCGGACGAACGCGAGGACGCGCUACGGCAAACUGGCGCCACCAGUAUCAGCCACGGAUUUUUAUUCGCGGCUCGACCAAACUGCGGAGACCGUCAAACGCGAUCCACGGGACUUUGUUCUGUGGAAACGGCGCAAAGAGGGAGAGGCUUUGUUUUGGACGGCACCAGUAUGGGGCGAAGGACGUCCGGGAUGGCACAUUGAAUGCUCCGCCAUGAUCCAGGCCGUACAAGAACAGUUUCAGCAGACUCAUCGUUUUGUCGUGCACGCUGGCGGGGUGGACUUGCAGUUUCCCCACCACACGAACGAAAUUGCGCAAGCCGAGGCACACGUACUACCGGAUUUGGACAACGUAACGGACACAACGCUACCAGUACAGGAAUGGAUCCCGCAUUGGAUUCACACCGGUCACGUUCAUAUUGAUGGAUUGAAAAUGUCCAAGUCUCUUAAAAACUUUGUGUCCAUAGAAGAACUACUGCAAGAUGACAACCCUUCGAGUUUGUCGUCGCCUGCUGAUGAUUUCCGUCUGUGGUGUUUGGGGAUGUCGGGAAGUUAUCGUGGACCAGCUACCUAUUCUCGCGAUGCUGUAAGUCAAUCCUCCCACGUACGUGAAAAACUAGUUCGCUUCCUUCUAGACGGGGAACGGUGGCUAUCACAGGCCGGC